CCUCCUACACCUCGUCUCCUCCUCAACCUCGUCGCUCCACAACCCCAAUACUUCCUACUCGGAAUCCUGCGUACACCUCCUUUCUACACAAUCUGGUCGACCGCACCAGAAGGGCAUGCGGCCCCGCGCCUGACACGGCUGUCAUCACAGUCUUCUUCCCCGAUAUUUCGCUCCCUCCCGCUCGGCCACUCGCCGUGCGGUUCCCUCUUCUCCCCGGCCGCCUCUCCUAUGCCUGACCAGAUUCGCCCUCCCUAGUCCCGCAGCCUAUGUAAAUCGCAUUCGAAUCUCCCUAGGCCCUUUCUACUACACGGCUCUUUUAAUACAACCUCUCGUUCCACCCGUCUCUGGGCCGUAAAGGCGCCAUGGUGGACUACGUACUCCAAGGCGUGCCGCCCACAGGUCCCACCAUGUCCUCCUUCAGGGUCGCAACCGGCCCUCCACCGCAUCCUACAUCGUCCGCAACCGCUCCUGCAAUCGCUCCUGCGCCGGCGCCCACGGCUCCGAAGACGAGAAGUGCUACAGGCCCGCCAUCUGUGAAUGGCGCACAGAUGAGUGCUGCUAACGGCAUCCCUCUGAGUGCACGCAAAGCGCUCCCCCUCGAGCUCGCAACGGUUGAACGGAGGCGCCCUUGGAUGCCACAGGAGCCGCCCAAGCGCGAUCGCAUGUUCGGGUUACAGGAGGCUCCAACAUAUAGGCCAACGGAGGAGGAGUUCAAGGACCCCAUUCAGUACAUCUCCAAAAUCAGGCAUGAGGCUUCUCAGUAUGGGAUCGCGAAGAUUAUACCACCUGCGUCCUGGGAUCCCCCUUUUGCCAUUGAUACGGAGCGCUUUCACUUCAAGACCCGUCGACAGGAGCUGAAUUCCAUUGAGGGUGGUACGCGUGCAAAUCUCAACUACUUGGACCAACUGUCAAAGUUUCACAGGCAGCAUGGCAAUAGCUUGACUCGCUUCCCCAGCGUGGACAAACGACCGCUCGACCUUUACAAGCUGAAAAAGGCUGUCGAGACGAGGGGUGGGUUUGAACGCGUCUGCAAGGGGAAGAAGUGGGCGGAGAUCGGACGAGACCUCGGAUACAGCGGAAAAAUAAUGUCUUCGCUAUCAACGUCGCUCAAGAACUCCUACCAGAAGUGGCUACAUCCUUAUGAGGAGUAUCUGCGAGUCGUCAAGCCCGGCGUUCACCAGCUGCUCGAGAUGGAGAAUGGGGGUCCAUAUACGCCUUCCCCAGCGCCGUCCCCACUCAAAAAGUCUGCCCAGGGGACUCCUGCCGGCACCGCGACUCAACCCGCAUCCCCGGCGUUUAGGCCCUCUUCUACACUUAAUCCGACGGAUUCUCCACUUGUCAAACUCCCCGCGACUGCAAACCCAACCGACUCCCCUGCGCUGCGGGCGUCUGCAGCUCUGAAUGCGUCAUUGCAGAAUGGGCCUUCGUCAACCUCGACUCCUGAGCCGAUGCUUCCGUCGAUAUCUUCGGGUUUCGGAGCUGUGAAUGCUCCUGGUUUCACGGCCGUAAAUGUACCGUCGCGCCCACAUGCUCAAGUUCCUAGUUCCCUCAACCUUGUUAACGCCCCUAACGGUGCCUCCGAUAAUACGGAUUCACAGACGUCUACACCACUUCAUUCGAGUUUCAUGCUCUCGGCCAACAACACUCCUGAUCUGCGACAUGGAGGCGUGAAUCUGCCACCCCUGUCCAACGGCCAGGCACCUCUUCAGCUUAAACGGAAUCUGUCUCCAGAGCCAGAGGGCAGCGUAGUCAAUGAGAGUGAUCCCGCACCUGGGCGCCGCAGUAAACGCGUAAGGAAGGAAGCGGCCCCAACAGUAGCAGGCUCGCACAUGACACAACCCCGACUAUCGACACCGCAACCUCUUCGUCCCCGUCCACGCGCGUCGGACGAGCCCCCGGGUGACCGAUGCGAGACUUGCGGCUCCGAAGGCGAUGCCCAGAAUAUGCUCCUAUGCGACAGUUGCGAUGCUGGUUAUCAUGGUUACUGCCUAGAUCCGCCCAUCAAGGGAGUACCGGAGUAUGACUGGCAUUGUCCCCGGUGUUUGGUGGGAACAGGAGAGUUCGGGUUCGAGGAGGGCGGCAUCUACUCCCUUCGGCAGUUCCAAGAAAAGGCGCAUAACUUCAAAGAGGGCCACUUCGCCAACAAGAUGCCCUACGAUGUCGUUACCAAUCAAAAGAAGCCCGUGUCCGAAGAUGACGUCGAGCGCGAAUUCUGGCGGCUCGUGGAGAGUAUCACGGAAACGGUCGAAGUGGAGUACGGCGCCGAUAUCCAUUCGACGACACAUGGGAGUGGCUUCCCUACCAUUGAGAAGAACCCGCGAGACCCAUACUCCAUCGAUCCGUGGAAUCUCAACGUUCUUCCUCACCACCCCGAAUCCCUCUUCCGCUAUAUUAGGUCGGAUAUCAGCGGCAUGACUGUCCCGUGGCUUUACGUUGGUAUGAUUUUCUCCACGUUUUGCUGGCAUAAUGAGGACCAUUACACGUACUCUGCCAAUUAUCAACACUUCGGAGCCACGAAAACGUGGUAUGGCAUUCCCGCCGAGGACUCCGAGAAAUUCGAACAGGCGAUGCGUGAUGCCGUUCCCGAGCUCUUCGAAACCCAACCCGACCUGCUCUUCCAGCUAGUGACACUGUUGACACCUGGGCACUUGGUGAAGGCCGGUGUACGUGUGUAUGCGCUUGAUCAGCGUGCGGGCGAGUUCGUGAUCACCUUCCCGCAAGCAUAUCAUGCUGGAUUCAACCACGGCUUCAACUUCAACGAAGCCGUCAAUUUCGCCCCAAGCGACUGGGAGCCAUUCGGAGAGGCGGGUGUACAGAGGCUACAAGAUUAUCGACGCCAACCUUGCUUUUCCCACGACGAACUUCUUUUGGCGGCAGCGUCACGUAAAGAUACAACCAUCAAAGUGGCAAAAUGGCUAGCUCCGGCUUUGGAGCGCAUGCGCCACCAUGAACUGGAAGCUCGUGCUGAGUUUAUCGCAAGGCACAAGGCUGCUCGGGAACACAUCUGCAAGCUGGACGGACAGACUGACAGCUCCAAAUGCCAGAUUCAGUUCACUAUUGACGACGCUGACGUGGUGCAAGAAGACCUCCAGAUCUGCAGUUACUGCAAGGCGUACAGCUAUUUGUCUCGUUUCCACUGUGCGAAGAGUAACAAGACCGUUUGUCUUCGUCACGCUGGCCUCUUUGAAUGCUGUCCCGAAUCGACAGAGGAGAGCCGCCUCAUAGGCGAAGGCGGGCACACCCUCAUCCAUCGUAUGACAGAUUCUGCACUCGAAGUCCUCGUGCAGAAGGUCGUUGAUAAGGCGAAUACACCAGAAGCUUGGGAGAAGAAGCUCGACAAGCUGCUCGAAGAUGGUCCGAAACCCCAGUUGAAAGCCUUGCGAGCCCUCUUGAAUGAGGGCGAGAAGAUUGACUGGGAGCUCAAUGGGCUGACUGACCUAAGGGAAUAUGUCGAGAAAUGUACCGAGGUCGCCGAAGAGGCCAUGAAUUACACGGCCCGCAAGCAACAAGCUCGUCGCAAGGUUGAGCGGACGUGGCGGGGUAGAGGUGCGGCUAACAAGGCCGCGGCUGCUGCCGCUGAGGUCGAUGAGAAGGAGCGGGAGUAUCGCAAAGUUGAGAAUCUGCAGAAACUGCUUGAGACGGCCGAGGAGCUGUCCUUCGACUGCCCAGAACUCGUUGCCCUUCAAGAGCGGUUCGACAGCAUUACCGAGUUCCAGCAGAAGGCGCAGGCAGCAUUACGUGACAGCCCCGCGCAACAGAGUAUUGCACGAUUAGACGAACUUUUGGAAGAGGGACGCAGCUUCAAUGUGGAAUUGCCAGAAAUCGAAUCCAUCGACAAAGUGGUCCAGCAGCUCAGAUGGCUCAACGGUGCCUCCAAUUUCAAAAACAGCCCAUCGACACUCCAGGAAAUCACCGACUUCAUCAAACAAGGUAUCGAACUUGGCAUGCCGGAAAGCCAUCCCGAAAUCCAUAAUCUCCAGAAACUGAAGGCUGAAGGGGAGCUUUGGGAGACUAAGGCGAGAGAGGUCAUGUCCUUUGAGAAUAUCCACUACCAGCAGCUGGAGGCACUCUUCAAGCUGGCGAGCACGCUGCCGGUGAAUCCCGAGACCCUUGGUGCCGUCGACGAGACUCUCAAGAAGCAGCGCGAUGCCAAAGAGCUGAUUGUAUCUUUGUAUGAGCGCAGCAAGGAUCCCGAUUUCCGGAAGCGACCACGCUACAAAGAGGUCCGCGACGCGAUGGAGGCGCUGAAUGCGUUGAACACGAAGCCACAUCCUACCAUUGAGCUAGAGAAGGAGCAAAAGAGGCAUGAAGAUUGGAUGCGGAAAGGCAAGAAGCUGUUUGGCAAGGCGAAUGCUCCACUGCAUAUCCUCCACGCCCAUAUGAAGCAAGUGGAUGAGAGAAACAAGACUUGCUUCGACCUGGCGGACCAGCCGCGUAUGCCUGUGGAACCAGCCUCGCGGGAGGCGACUCCUGUUGAGGGAGAGACUUUGGACGGGUCGGGUUCCAGUCGUGAUGUCUUCUGCAUCUGUCGUAGGCCUGAGGCUGGUACAAUGAUAGAGUGUGAGCUCUGUCAUGAAUGGUACCAUUCGAAAUGCUUCAAGCUCGCACGUGGCAAAGUCAAAGAAGAAGACAAGUACAUUUGCCCAAUUUGCGACUGGCGGGUCAAGAUCCCGAGGGAUGCGACCCGUCCCAAAUUGGAAGACCUGCAAGCCUGGCAGGAGGAAAUACCAAACUUACCCUUCCAGCCAGAAGAAGAAGAGACGCUUGAGUCAAUCAUUGACAUCGGUCUCCACUUCCGCGAAUAUGUCAGACAAUACAUGAACCCUCUCAUGUCCAGUCCGGACGAGCUCACUACACAGCGUUUCUACCUGCGCAAACUCGAAGGCGCCGAUAUUCUCCUCGCCGAGGAAAUCAACUUCUUCAGGCAAGAGUUGCAUAAAUGGGCUCCAGUGGCACCGACUCCUCCGCCAGCCAUCAGUGUAUCCCUAUCCACACGCAAGCCUCGUCCGACGAAGCAGCAGCGGCUCAUGAACCAGCUGGGGAUAUCGGAUCCGCGCGACCUCCCCGAACAGCCUCGGAAACAGUAUACUUAUAAGAACGACAAGCGACAACAAUCCGUGUCGUCACAGUCGCGUUCACUGAAUAUCGGGAAGGAUCCCAUCAACCUUGGACCGGAACGUUCGCGGACACCUCCUCCAUCCAACGAGUUCCAAGGGCAAGGCACUCGCCCAACAUUCGAACAGCAAGAAUAUUCCGAAAUGCCACCAAACUACAACAACUCGCCCAACUUCGCGACAACAUCGUCCAUGGGUUUCGGACCUAGCUCCAUCCCGGCCAUUGACCCCGGCCUGUUUGAAGGAGGCGGACAAGGCCCCACGAGCCCUAUCCAGGAUAUAUUCAGGAGCUCUGGGAGUGCUCACGAGAUGUUUGGCGAGAUGAUGGAUACGGGAGGUGGGCAUGCUGAGGAGGCUCUCGCUGUUACCGAGGGGAAUAGUUAUGGCGAGUGAAGGUCUCAACGUCAAGAAGAAUGACUAAAGGAAGAGCUGUCUUGUACGAAGCGACGGGCGAAAAAGCCGUCAGGCAAGGCUGUUAUUGAUCCGGUUCAUUUACUGCAUUAUCGGACAGGCGUUAGAUGGAAAGGGGACUCUCGUUUCAUUAGAGGCGGUAUACCCCAUUACAAAAUGUGGACCGGUAUGUGCGCUUUUUUUCGCACGGUCACAUAGGACUUUAGGGGACGUGUCUUUUCUAUUAUGGCCAUGCUCUUCUGUACGUUCUCAUGGCGCUUUUUGGAAGCAGGCCUUAUUAGAUUUUUCUGCAUUCUUUCAAUGGCGGACUGAAAAGUAUGCGGCGGUAUACUUUCUUGAGGUGGAUGGAUGGAAUGUUUGCGGGUGUUUUUGUAAGACUAUGUCAGUAUUCUAUAUCUUUGAUGUGCUU